UCAGUGCGGGAAACGCAUAAUUUUUCCAAAGAAUUUAAACACAUUUUUGUUGAAGCAAAAUGAAAAUAGAGGAAGUAAAAAGUACUGCAAAAACACAAAGAAUAUCUGCUCACAGCCAUAUAAAGGGCCUGGGCUUAGAUGAAAAUGGAGUACCCAUACAAAUGGCUGCAGGUCUCGUGGGCCAGGAACCGGCGCGAGAGGCUGCUGGGUUGGUAGUAGAUAUGAUUAGAAGCAAGAAGAUGGCUGGACGAGCAUUACUACUGGCAGGGCCCCCAGGCACCGGUAAAACAGCCAUUGCAUUGGCUAUAGCUCAGGAAUUAGGAAAUAAAGUGCCAUUUUGUCCUAUGGUGGGAAGUGAAGUAUACAGUACUGAGAUAAAAAAGACGGAGGUAUUGAUGGAGAACUUCCGUCGUGCUAUUGGUCUCCGUAUCCGUGAAACCAAAGAAGUGUAUGAGGGUGAGGUAACUGAACUCACUCCUGUGGAGAUGGAGAAUCCAGCAGGAGGUUAUGGAAAAACGGUCUCGCAUGUGAUUAUUGGUCUGAAGACAGCUAAAGGUACAAAGCAACUGAAACUCGACCCAACUAUAUAUGAAUCUCUGCAGAAAGAGAAAGUGGAAGUUGGUGAUGUUAUUUACAUCGAAGCCAAUUCUGGUGCCGUGAAGCGUCAAGGCAGGAGUGAUACAUUUGCCACUGAGUUUGAUCUUGAGGCAGAGGAAUAUGUGCCACUUCCCAAGGGCGAUGUCCACAAGAAGAAAGAGGUGGUCCAGGAUGUGACCCUGCAUGACUUGGACUGUGCCAAUGCCAAGCCGCAGGGUGGGCACGAUAUCAUGUCCAUGAUGGGCCAGCUCAUGAAACCUAAGAAGACUGAGAUCACUGAUAAAUUGAGAAAAGAAAUCAACAAAGUAGUAAACAAAUAUAUAGACCAAGGAAUCGCCGAGCUUGUGCCUGGAGUGUUGUUCAUUGAUGAGGUACACAUGUUGGAUAUAGAAACGUUUACAUAUCUGCAUCGCGCCUUAGAAUCUGCUAUCGCACCAAUAGUUAUUUUCGCAACCAACAGAGGGCGCUGUGUAAUAAGAGGAACUGAAGAUGUCAUCUCUCCUCAUGGUAUACCAUUGGAUCUUUUAGACAGGCUUCUUAUCAUUCGUACUCUGCCUUACAACAAAGCGGAACUAUUACAGAUAUUGAAACUGCGCGCCGCUACUGAAGGAAUAGCUAUUGAGGACGAUGCUUUAGCUGCGCUUGCCGAAGUCGGAUCUAACAGCACUUUGAGGUAUGCGGCGCAGCUGCUGACGCCGGCAUGGCUGGCGGCGCGCGCGGACGGCGGCGGCAAGAUCGCGCCGCCGCACAUCGCCACCGUGCACCAGCUGUUCCUCGACGCCAAGUCCUCCGCGCGCAUCCUCACGCAGCACUCCGACAAGUACAUGAAGUAAACGAGCCUCGCUUACGUACAUGUCAUGUUAUAUCAACUGCGCUUUAAAAUGUAACAAACAUAGAAGAGUUUGUGGCUGGCACUAGGUUAUCCAGGAUCUUGGUUUUCGAGGUUUCUGUUACUGUACUCUGCUAAGUUUAUUUACAAUUUUGAUUAUUUGGCUAGAGAAAAUUAAAAUUAUAGUUACUCCGAUUUUUAAAAGAAGUAAAUGUAAAAAUCAGCAUAUUCGCAUUCGCGAAUAUCGCCGGCCGAUAUUCGUAUUCGCGAAUGUCACAAAAUCGAUAAUUCGUUUCAUCACUAGGAGUGACUAAUUCGUGUUUAGGUUACGUGUACUGACUUAUAAUUCCUUGAUUCCUAUCGGCAAUACUAUGAAAUGGUGAAGUGUUACGUUUUUGAAUUCAGAUUAUGCAUCAAUACGACGACUAUACAAACUAUACAAAAUAUACUUAGUUUAUAUAAUAAUUUUAGUCAAUGUCAAUAUAUGUAUUGACCAAUUUUGCAAAUGAUAAAUCAUCAGUAUGAAAUACUUCUCAAUUUUCAAGCAGCUUGUCUCUUACUUUUCUAUACUUGUUAUAUUUACUUAGAGUAGUUUGUUUACGUUAGAGUACAAGUAUUUUUGUAGUUCGUCAUGUAGAGUUACUGAUUUAUUGCGUGCGUAGCUUUAUAAAUUUCUUUACUUGACGGACAUCUCAAAUACUAGUCCACCACUGCGUAACCAAGUGUCUAAAGUACGGGUCAGUCUUGAGAGGUGUGCGCAUUGUGAAUUUAUGAGUGAUUAUGCACUAGACAUUAUCGUAGCACCGACGUUGUGUGUGGGAGUAUGGCUGCAAUUUUGCUUCGUCAAAUCUAUAUCAAGAAUAUAUUCCAGUGGCCCAUCGUAUCUUUAGUUUUCUUUAGUUGCUCUAUUGUGAUAUGUUUUAGUUUAAUAUUAAUUAACUCGGAAUGAGAAGCAGAUGUAUUUUCGUUUCGGAAGCGUGAGGUACGAUUAUUAUUUUUUGUACUGACUUAUUUUUUGUUUGAGUAUUUGUCAUCGUAUUGUAAUAAUUAGGGACAUAGAUUAAAAGUGGAGUUGUACAAUAAAUAAGUUUUAUUUUGU